AUGGGUGCGAACUAUCCCGGCACUCCGAAUUUAACGGAGACCUCUCAGUAUGCCUUUCCGCUCAAACCAAAGGACUAUGCGCCAGGCGCUGUCCCAACCCUCGAAGAAUGGCAGAAACUCUGGACAGCGUGGGAUCUAGUAACCUUAAAAAUGUUCCCAAAAGAGGCCUUGCAUGAGCAACCUAUUGCAUUGCGAAAUCCCCUUAUUUUCUACCUAGGCCACAUACCCACUUUGUUAAAGAGUUCUGAGAAUCUCAGUGAGGACAUUCAUUUAGCACGGGCGACCAAAACUCCUCCGACCGAACCAAAGUAUUAUCAACAAAUCUUUGAAAGGGGAAUAGACCCCGACGUAGAUGACCCUUCACAAUGUCACGAUCACAGUGAGGUUCCUAAUACGUGGCCGGAAUUGAGCGACAUUUUGGUCUUCCGGGAAAAGGUCUGCGCCAGAAUUACGGCUCUUUACCAGACACAGAAACCUUGGCAAGAUAGAACCAUUGGUCGAGCGCUCUGGAUUGGUUUCGAACACGAAGGGCUCCAUUUGGAGACCUUUUUGUGGAUGACUCUAAUGAGCCCGAAUAUCCUACCGCCUCCUGAUAUUCCAAGACCGGAUUUCAUCCACAUGGCUGAGCAGGCUGUACGAGUUCGUGUAGAAAACCAAUGGUUUAGCAUUAAGCCCCGAACAUUUACGAUUGGUAUCGAAGAUACAGAUGACGAUAGCGCCCUCAGUCCAGCAGAUUUCUUUGCAUGGGAUAAUGAGCGCAACACUUAUGAGGUAUCUGUUCAAGGGUUCGAGGCACAAGCACGGCCUGCGUCUAUCCUAGACUAUGCUAUAUACCUUGUUAAAACUUCCCAGAAGGAUUGCCUACUUGUGACGUGGUCGACCGUGUCUGGGCUUCCUGACAGAAGCAUUGCAAGCAGCCCUCAGAGCGACCCAGUAAUUGAAGAAUUUAUCGACGGGCUCGCGCUGAAAACUGUUUACGGACUUCUACCAGUUCGACUUGCGCUCGAUUGGCCGAUCUAUACAUCAUAUAAUGAAGCAGAGGGAUAUGCGGAAUGGGCAGGCGCACGUCUCCCUACCCUACACGAAGCACGCAGUAUUCACCGACAAGUUGAAGAAGAAAACGCCGAGAAGACCCAAGAAAGCCAAAAUAGCGAACCAGCAUCCAAAUCAAUCCGAGAUGAUAUCUACACUGACCUAACGGGAUGUAAUGUUGGCUUCCAAAACUUCCACCCAACCCCCGUCACCCAGAAUGGCAACAGGCUCUCAGGACAGGGCGACCUGGGCGGCGCUUACGAGUGGACAAGCUCACUCUUCGAGCCACAGCCGAAUUUCAAACCAAUGGAUAUCUAUCAGGGCUAUAGUGUUUUUGACACUAUCAUAGCCGAUUUCAUGGACGGCAAGCACAUUGUUGUUGUCGGUAGCUCAUGGGCGUUUCAUCCGCGCAUUGCUGGGAAGAAGACUUUUCUCAAUUGGUGGCAGAAAGGUUACCCAUAUCCUUGGAUCGGCAUCCGUUUAGUUCGCGAUAGGAAUUGA